AUUGGCUUCGCACACAUGAAAUUCCUGUCGAAUAGAAGGUCUUUUUGGGUGGAAUUGACUCAGAAGGUCGCAGAACCUGAUCCAAAACCAGCCUUGUGUAGUUAUUCGUGGCGAGAACCCCCUCUCCCCCGCCGCUGAAUUGACUCACUGAAAAAAAAGAGAAAACGGGAUCGAGGCUGUAAACACGUGUGCUACUCUAUGCCCGUCUCCCUGCAGCUGUGGCAUGCUACUUUGGGUUUAACGCUUGCGGUUUGAACGGAAAAUUGUGUUUUUGCUAUUCUCUCGGUAUGCACACGGUGUACAAGCGUCUGUCAUUUCCACACGGAACACGAAGCAAACGGUUUUUCCUGUUCACGGGUGUCUCUCAAUAGACACAUGGGUACGUGGUUGCACUUCCAUGUGAUAUUUUUUGUGCAGGGAUACUUUGAUUUUUGCUCGUCACUGCAAAUCCAAAGCUUUACACUCACGUCGGUAGAGAAACGUGCCGGGGCCAUCGUUGUAGUGGGAGGUGUGCCCGAAAAGGAGGCACGAUCGCUCUACCAUCUCGUUUCCAUGGGUUUUGCUCGUUGUUGUGUGAAAACAAGUGUGUGGAUUGGUCGUCUGUAAACGAGGCGCUCGUUUCGAAAGGGCGAUGUGAAUACUGACCUUGUCUUCCGGUCGCAGUGGUGUAACUUUUUUUUUGCAUGUCUUCCUCCCGAAAAGAGCAACGAGGUCCAUUCGCCGUGUAUCAUCUGGGGUCGAGAGGCAUCGGAAGUUGCUGUGGCGCGUUGAAGGAAAUAAGGGGACGAAGCGACAAACAACGUAACGCAACGGCCUCUAGGUUUUAGGUCUCGUAGGUGGUGUGCAUAAGAAGCCUAGCUGGCACGCGCUAACCAGAAAUAUGGUGAGUGACGGGGCUGGUAGUCUGGGAAGCUGCGGGCGAGUCAUAUGAGCGUCUGCAGGCCUUCCAUCGCCCUGUAGAAGAGGACGGAAGCACACCUUCCAGAGUUAAAGUGAUCCACGCUUUUUCUCUGGUUGGCCAGCGCCUGUUUUUUUGCUCAUGGCUCUUCCCCACUCUGCCCCCACAGGCCGAGGCGAUAUUCUAACUUUGUCGGGGCAGGAUUAUUCGCUGUGAUGUCCCUUGGCUGCGACAUUCCAGCCUGAUGCAGAAGGCAACAAAAGAGGGUCCUCCGUAGAGCUCCUAGAGAGGAACUUGGUUGGAUCGUGCGUGGCGAGCAAGGUCGAUGACUUAAGUUCGACAAAGAAGGACGAGCAACCUGUUCCACUUUCUUCCUGAACGUCUUUGACAAGUCGAUUUUUUCAGUCAGGGUCUCGUGGUUCCUUUUCUAGUGUGUGCCGUUCUUUUUCCCUCUCAGGAUACUCUUCCUCCGGGUUUUCCCGAUAUCCCGCCGGUGCGUCUGCCAGUGUCUUGUUCUUUGCGGAAUGGAUGGCAGCCAUAAUGAGUCGUGCUUGUUCGGCUAGAGUCCGUACCUAUACGAUUGUAGAGGACGCUACUCCAACACGAGAGGACGUGGCAACCCUUGCCUCUUCUCAAGUAACGUUCGCGUCAUUAGUUUCUCCCGCAUCUGCAUCCUCUGCUCCAUGCGAUUCUUCCGUUUCCGUUGGACUUGCACACACUUCGGGAAUGACAACACCACAAAAGUUUCAGGCGUUGUCUCCUUCGGAUUUUGGGACAAAGUUGCCGUCAGUGGGCCUGGCCGCUUCGCGUCGUUUGUUUUCUGCCUCCAUAGAUGAAGAAAGAAUGGCAGGACAGGAGGAGAUUUGCAGGUGCAAUGUUACCAACGUUUCAGGCCUUUUGGGGUUCGAAUCCCAAACGGGAACAGGUGGAGUAAGUGAUACCCGGAGCUACUGCAGCACCUCUGUCUCAACCUCCGCCUCGGCGCGCAGUGUUGUCUCUCCUCCGAGCUCGCCCGAAUGUGAGGAGCAAAGUCCUUGUUUCACAGAGUCUCCGCGUCCUGCGCAAAACACACGCGGGACAAGAGGUGCAGACGGAGAGGGCGCAUACGUAUUUUCCGAAGGAGAGAACCAAAAGCAGCGAGAACACCCAGGGCGGCUUCCGCACGACGUUGACCGUUCGUUCGCAGCGACCGAUAGUGUGUCUCUGCAACCAGGGAACGGGGCAGGAGGGAGCGGACAGGCAACCCGAAAGACGGGAGACGGAAGUUCAGAAGGAGGGGAAAGAAAGACCAGCUACGAGGGGGACGGCUACAAAAGCGAUGACAAGGUCGAAGGGAAGAAAGAAGAAGUAGGACAGGAACGUAGAGAAGAAGGCGCGCAGGGGUGUUGUGGUUCUGGUGCAGGCGAGGUGCGUGGCGAAGACAUGCGGUGGAAGGCAGACGACGAAGAUAAUGAGAACGACAAGGGGCGGUGGGGGUUUUCAAUUUCGGUUCCUCGUCAAAAAGAAAGUCAAUCGCCACGCCCAGUCGUGAGAGAUUUGGCAAUUUCGGGAAGCGGCGGCCGCGCUCGAUCCCGCGCAGUCUUGGAGCAACGAACGCUUUCCAGCCCUGAUCGCGAUCCACCGUAUCGCCGAAACUGCCAAGUACCGGUACCUCGUCCUCCUGUUGCAACUCGUAGCUCGCCGCGCUUCUCGUUUCUGGCGCAUAUCUCCUCUCAGCAAAUUCUGAAGGCGAAGGCGGCGUUGUCCCCGGGAAAGCCUGGGUCUCCCGUUUACCAAACCAAAAUGUGCUAUGUGCCUGCUGAGUCCGCUCAAGUGCACGUCGCAAGAGAGGCUACGCAUGCAGAACACCUGGACGCACUCUCUCUCGCGGAUGUUCCCGGGGUCAUCGCCGGCUCCGUGGCCGCGUGCGAGUAUGCAGAAGAGACCUCGCGUGCAUCUGCGGCCGUGCUGGAACGCGCCGGGCCUCUUCUCGGUCAUCCAAUGCACUCUUCGACGUCUUCACGCUUGGAUAAAAGUCCAUGUGGUCCAGCGUCACUGCUCAUCUGGAAUAAACAUGCGGACGGGGCCAGCGUUGACGAGCGACAGAAGCUGAGAUCGACCGGAGGGGAAAUGGAGAGUGCGAAUGUGGAACAGGGUACGGAUGGGGCAAACCUGAACGGAGCUAAACUGCGAGACGUCGAAGGCACGAGAGGCUCGUGUACCACCAUCAAACCAGAGGCUACCUUGGAAACCGUACGUAGAACCGGAGAGCCUCAGGGAGGUGAGGGGGCAGAAGCGGAGGAAGAAAGGGAUGCUCAGGAAAAGAGUGGAAGCAAAGAGAAUCUGACACAUGAGACACGCGUACAUCCGGAACAUACGACGAAAGCGAAGACAGACACAGUGUCGGAUGCGUCAUUUCCAGAUGGAGAAGGAUUAUCAGCCAGCCGCCUCGAAACUCGGCGUGGAAAGAUGGCGGCCGGAAGAGGAGAUAGAGGCGACUCAUGUGCGCUGCAGGACAGGUCUCAGACUAAAACUGUGUUUUCUUCUGUGGGCACUACCGCACCUUCGUCGCCGACUCGCUUCUAUGCCUCUUUCAGGCGAUGUGCAACGAUGCCGCGAUGGUCGUCUACCUUCGCCUUGCCGACAGCGUUCCUUCAUGGUCAGAGAAUGACAGCGACAUUUUGGAUUUCUGAGGUGCUUGUCAUGACAAAGCGCCGCGGCCGAGAGGACACGCUGGCUAGAGACCAGCAGCAAACGAAGCUUGCGCAGGAGUGGCUGGCACCGGGGUUGAGGGACUUUGCCGAAGUUUUAUGUGACGAAUUCGAUACCACAGAGGACGAGGCGGAUGAAGAGAAAGGUUUGAAUCAGGAAUGUGAUCACGAUGGGGAGAGCUGCAGUGGUAGCAGCCGCGAAACCACCUUAACGAACUCAGUCAAAGGCAGAAUCAACCGUGUCAGUUCGCUCUCUCGACCGCGACGUGUAGCCGAAAGCAGCUUCAAUCGGGGAUCUCAAAUGCCGAGCUCCAAGAGACACGAAAAGAUGCACCAGCCGCGGGUGUACAUACAAACGUUGGCGGAAGGUCUGGACGCGCUGGAAGAUGUCGUUCACCACAGUAAGCUUCUGGCGUUCAAGUUUCUCCAUGCGCACCUCGUGUCGAAUCCACUGUUUUCUCUCCCAGCGUCAGGGGAGCCUCGUCCGGAAGCCUUCGGGGAACGGUCGCAUGUUGGCAGUUCAGCACUCUCUAUUUCUAGGUUGCCCUUUUCCAAGAAUAUCCAUGGUUCAAUUCGCCUUUGUGUCGGCUCUUCGCGGUGGACGAGUGGUAGUCUUGAUGACAGUGAACACCAGCAACGUACGACCCAGGGCGAUUUGUAUGAUUCGCCAGGAAGUGAGAGAGAGCCCACGCUGGAGCGCGAGAGAGCGCAGGAAAUGAUGGUGCCUUCUGAAGACUCGUCCCGGGGCUCCACACUGCCUAGUCUUCUCUCGGGAAUGGGGUCAAAGGUCGCGGGGAACGACUGGAAAACGCGACAAGAAACAAGCGCCCAUGUGAAGCGGGGGAGCGAACAGGCCAGACAGGCGGACGGCCGAAGACUUCGAGCGACGGUCACCAGAACCCUUACGCGGGCAAGCGCAUACGACGUGGAGGACAGAGGAGUGGAUGGCAGCGUGGAUGCUGAAGGAAGAGGAAAGGGCAAUUUCACAGCGACGGGCAUUGGCUUUGCGAUCCAGACCAUGGCAGACUUCCACCUCUCAGUCGCGUACCUCCUGGGCGAAGUGCUCAAGAAGGAACGAGAAGAGAAGGACUUCUAUAAGACCGAAGUGGCCUUGGUUCGCGAGCGACUCCAGGAUGUCGAGGCACGUGCAUUGGAAGCGGCAACUGAGGCGCAGAAGCAGUUGGAGGAACAAGACGACCAGGCAAAACACCUCACUGAACAGCUUGCAAAGCAGAGUGCUGAACUUCGGCGGGCCUUAGAAGAGCAAGAGGUGCUUCGACGAACACUCCACGAAGAGCGGAAGAACAUGAGGCUUCAACACGAGGCGGAGGUGGACAUGCUGAAUAAACAGUAUGCGUCACUCCUUAGGGAUUUUCAGAGACGCGGCCAUCAGUUGGAACGACUUCAGUCUCAUGUGCGAGGGAUGCCUCGUCAGUCGCACGGCGCUCGACGAGAAACAACUGAUGUUGUGCUAGAACUAGGUGAGAUGGACUUGAUGCGCGAUACCCUGGUCCCUGACGGAGUUAACGAACCCGAGGAAGAUUCGUCGCCUCGUCAAGAAAACGGCGGUUUCCGGAAACCAAGGCGGGAGUCAUUCUGUUGUGGCGCCGACGCCGUGUCAGAAACGGAAUGGGCAAAGUGGAAUCCUAUCGCGAGUUAUCAGAGUGUAAAUGCUUCUGGAAAGGGUAUUGUUCACUGUGAAAAGGUGAAGCCUGAGUUGUUCUGUCACUUCGAGAGCAGUGGUAACGCCUUCAGUAUGACCAGAAGAGACUCGGUGUCGAGCCGUAGGAUGCUCCUUAUUGCUGCCGCUACUGAUGGCAUCGGGACACUCUCUCGUAAGAGACGCCUCUCUUAUAACAUUGUGGCAAAUUCAAUAGUGUCAGGAAAAGGUGCGAGCGGUCGCAGCACUGGGGGCGAACAGGCCGAAACAGACGGACUCAGGAGUUCCUACCUUGGCGAUUUGAACUCUGUUAGAAAAGGCGGCAAUCUCUGGAAAGAAGCAGGCGCCUUCGCGAUGGCGGAGAACGAGACGCUGCCAUCAUACAAGCAGCGAUUCAGAGGGGGGGAGUACAGUCGUGACGGGACGCUGACGCGCAUGCAGCGUUCGCUCGAGGACGAACUCCUCGGGGCGGUGUCUCUGGACCAACGGCAAGAAUCGUCUCCGCUGUCUCUGGUCUACCAAUGUACCCCCGAAACGAGACACAGUAGAAUUGAGCGUGUACGUACAGACGAGGCUUUGAACACCACGCGAGCCGAAAGCCCACAAAUCGGCCCAGGCAAUCCGUCAGACAAAGUGGACGAAGACAAGGAUGAACACACCAUAAAACCAGGAUUAGAAGGGGCGGAGUUUGAUAACAUGGGCUUCCCCACGCCUCGCCGUCUUGAACGGCAGGAGCGUGUCCCCUUCCAGCGGACCAGAGGGCUUUUCACCUGCACUGUCCGUGCCAUCUUUGCCGUCCUUCUGUUGGUGAUGGUGGACCACAUUUUCCUUGAUGGGUGCGUGUCCAGUGCGGCACUUCGAUGCGGAGAAUGGGGCUUGUUGCUCCUGCUCUCCGGGACUCAAGAAUUGCAACGAGUUGUCCGCCAUCGUGAUCACGUAGAACGGUAUACAAUGCCGUUGCUACGGGGUGGAGAGACUUUGUUGCUGUCUUUGCUCGCGCUCGUCCGCGCGUGUGCUACACCGGGAGACGACGCUGAGGUGUUGUAUACGGAGAUGUUUUCAGACCAGUUCGACACCCCUCUUUCUGGUCAUAGAAUUCCUCCAUCGAAUCAGGCAGUAGCACCCGCGGAUUCCUUUGGUCAGUACUGUUUACGCAACACUUGGAUGGACCGCAUCCCGUCAGGCCUGACGGACGCUCAGGCACCAUGAAUUGAUUUUGGCUUCCGGAUGUCUUUUGGCGCAGCGCCCCCCGGCUACGCGACCCAGCGCAUUGAGUUUUGUAUCACGUGUCCCGAUCUACAGCUGAUGGCACAGUCAUCGGAUCAACAGCCUGCAUGUCAACCGACGUGUCGGGGUAUUGUGGGCGAGAGUAGCCCCGUCUGGGCGACAAACUUGGUUAGACAAAGGACAGUAAGAUGAAGAGAGUGUGGAAUGGUAAUGGAAAGGGAAGAGUGGGAAUCAAAGGAUGAUUUCUGACAAAGCGUUUGUCUUGCAUGUCUUUUUCAAAUGGUGUCGGGUCACAUUUCAGUUGAGCAAAAGAAUGAAGUCUGUGUCAUCCACUGCCUGCGUUGUACACGCGUGUAUGAUUGUGACGACAAAGGCUGUUUUGUGGUGGGCAUGUGGGUUGGGGUUGGGGACCAGUUUUCUUCGCCGGUGCUGUGGAAAUCUUGUUUCUAGUUUGCGGCGCAGUAGUACGUGCAAACAGGCGGAGAGAGAGUCAACUAUUUACAAGCGGAUGCCCUCGUCAGAAACCGUGUAUACGCUUAGGCAUUUGUGUAGGCUGUUGGAUAUCACUUGUCAAGACCACUUUUUGAAGAGGUAUACCAGGAACUGUGCUUGUUUGACUAUCACAUAUGGUGAGGUACACAUGUCUGGCCUUGAUUGAGAUUGUGUGUGUUCGCCAAGAGAGGCCCUUGGCUUUCGGCAUCAUGCUGCAUACCAAAGUUGUUUUCGGGCUAAUGCAGCGCCAACCAGCUAAAUGUACGGUAGCAGUAUGUGCCUGUGUAGUGGAACUGACAUAGGUAAGCAAAGUGUGGGAAAACCGAACUCGAUGACAGCUUAUGUAGAACACUCGGCAAUUAAGACAUGCAUGUAUAUAGAGGGCCAAUGGCUACAACGCACGGACCGCCCAAAAUGACAAAAAAACGUCAAAAGAGCUAUUGGCACCAUUAUAAUCGUGUCUUGUGAAAUCGUACGGGCACCUUUGAGAAUCACAGCAGCAG